AUGACCGAACAGUACCUUGGCCUACCCAUUGCGCCGGCAGAUACAGCCUUUGGGCUGAUGGCAGAGUAUGAUGCUGACCAGCACCCAAACAAGGUGUCCCUAAUAGCGGGAGCAUACCGCGACGAGAACGGCCAACCUUGGGUACUCCCAAGUGUGAAAGAGGCCAAAGCACGCCUCGCCCAGGAUCAGAACCACGAAUACCUAGGCAUCGCAGGCUCGCCGGCCCUUAUCAAUCUAGCUCAAUCCCUUACCUUUGGCUCCGAUAUGGCCAAGAAUCUAGACAAGAGUAUCGCUUCUAUCCAAACAGUCUCAGGAACAGGCGCAAAUCAUAUGGCCGCGCACUUCCUAGCACAACGUCUUCGUCCAAAGCGCGUGUACAUCCCCUCGCCCACAUGGAUCAACCACCAGACUAUUUGGGCUGGCGUUGGGAUUCACAUCAAAGAGUACCCAUACUACUCUGCAGAAACAAGAGGCGUUGACCUAGAAGGGAUGCUAUCAGUGUUCGAGACUACCGCCGAAGAAAGAGACGUAGUGGUUCUGCAAGCCUGUGCGCAUAACCCGACAGGUGUGGACCUCACUCAUGAGCAAUGGGCACGAGUUGCGGAAGUGAUGAAGCGUAAGAAGUUAUACGUUCUCUUUGACAGCGCUUAUCAGGGCUUUGCUACAGGCGAUGUCAACGGUGAUGCCUGGUCUAUACGGUAUUUCGUGGAGCAACUGAUUUUCAAUGGGGAACCCGAUCAUCCAGGCCUCUGUGUGGCACAAUCUUUUUCUAAAAACUUUGGACUCUACGGCGAGCGUGUAGGUGCCCUCCAUCUUGUCGUGCCUCGGCACCUCGCCGCCCAGGGUGCCCGGUCGGAACUGCUUGGUCUCGCCCGUGCGGAGUACUCAAACCCGCCUCGCUAUGGGGCGAGCAUUGUCGAAACUGUCCUAAAGAAUGAAGAGUUAAAAGGGCAGUGGCUAAGGGACUUAGAUACUAUGAGUUCGAGAAUCAAGAGCAUGCGGCGUGAGCUUCGCAGGAGGCUGGAAAGCAAGGGGACGCCGGGGGAUUGGUCGGUUUUGGAGAGCCAGAUUGGUAUGUUUAGCUAUACGGCGCUGAGUCAGGAACAAGUUACUCGCUUGCGAGAGAAAUUUCAUAUCUAUCUCUUGCCAUCGGGGAGAGUGAGCAUCUGUGGUUUGAAUGAGGGGAAUGUUGAGUAUGUGGCAAGUGCGUUUAGGGAGGUGAUUGGAUCCAAUUCCAGUUGA